AUGCUCGAUGUGUUUUCUACGCAAGCCAUGAGCGCUGCCUCUUGGGUUCGCGACAUCAGUGGUCCAGGAGGAGGCCCAUCCUUGAUUCCGCCAACGGACAAAUCAAUCCCUAACCGCGUGGGUUAUGUUCAGCAGCAAGACGUUCACUUGGACACGAUGACGGUCCGUGAAGCCCUUGAAUUCAGUGCCCUGCUCCGCCAAAGCGCAGAUACUCCACGUGAAGCCAAACUGGCUUACAUUGAUGAAGUCGUCGAGUUGCUCGACAUGAGCGACUUUGUUGACGCCGUGGUUGGCGUCCCUGGCCAGGGACUCAAUGUUGAACAGCGCAAGCGCUUGACCAUUGGCGUCGAGCUUGUAGCCCGACCGCAGCUCCUGGUCUUCCUCGAUGAACCGACAUCAGGACUCGAUUCCCGGACGUCUUGGGCAAUUUGCGACCUCAUCAAGAACCUAGCGAGGAGCGGACAGGCUGUUCUUUGCACCAUCCAUCAGCCGUCAGCGAUGCUCUUCUCUCGAUUUGACAGGCGUCUUCUGCUGCAACGUGGUGGUAAGACGGUGUACUUUGGGGAUAUUGGUGAAAACUCAACAACCAUGAUCGACCAUCUUGAGCGUAAUGGCGCGCCACCUUGUCCUGCUGAUGCGAACCCCGCAGAGUGGAUGCUCAAGAUCACUACAAUGUCCGAGGAUGGUCCCAAGUGGGACGAUAUUUGGCCUUCAUUCAAAGAGUACAGUGAAGUGAAGGAGGAGCUCAAGAUCCUACGUCAACAAGACACACAUCAGCUAACAACAGAUGCGGCAGGCGACGAGAUUGCUCACCAAGAAUUUGCAUCGUCAUUCUGGACGCAGUUUCACCACGUCUUGGUACGCACUGCCAAACACUUUUGGAGAUCGCCUGUUUAUACCUGGUCCAAACUUACACUAACAUGUCUCAUAGCUCUCUACAUCGGCUUUACCUUCAAGUCAGAUAACAGCUUGCAGGGCCUGCAGAACCAGCUAUAUGCCUUCUUCAUGUGUCUCACUACUGUUAAUGAGUUCAGCAAGCAGAUAAUGCCAAUGCUCAUCCCUCAGAGAGCGCUGUAUGAGGCCCGGGAACGACCUUCGUGCGUCUAUCGGUGGACCACGUAUCUGUUAUCGAACAUUGUCGUCGAAAUGGUAUGGAACACCAUUGCAGCGGUCGUCUUCUUCUUCUGCUGGUAUUAUCCCGCAGGGUUCUUCCGUAACACUACCGCCGACGACGUCAAUAUGCGCGACUUUACCGCGUUUGUUUUCAUCUGGGUGUUCUUCCUUUGGAUGAGCACCUUUUCGCAGAUGGCGAUCGUAGCUAUAGAAACAGCCGACCUCGCCAGCAUCCCAGCCAGUCUCUUCGCCAUCCUCUGCAUGUCUUUCUGCGGCGUAAGCGUUCUCCGUAGCGACCUCCCCGCAAUCUGGAGCGAUUUUAUGUAUUGGGUCAGCCCGAUGACAUAUCUUGCCAGCGGAGCAUUGUCGGCCUGCUUGCAUGGGUCCAAGGUCACAUGCACGGCCAAGGAACUCGUGUCAGUUCCGUUACCAGCGAACAUGACGUGCGGCGAGUUCCUCGGUCCUUUCGUCCAAAGUGCAGGUGGAUAUCUCGUCAAUUCUGCCGCAACGGACUUCUGCGCUUACUGCCGGAUGAGCACCACGGAUGACUACCUUGCCCAUUUUGAGAUCAAGUAUGACGAUCGAUGGAGAAAUUUUGGUCUUUUGUGGCUAUACAUUGGCUUCAACAUCAACGCUGCAUGUGGCUUGUACUGGCUGGUGAGAGUGCCCAAAUGCCAAGUGGUGAAGCGCAAAUAG